UGAAACAAAUGUAAGUUCGAUUGAUAUUAUCCAAUUUAACAGACAGCUGGGAGGACUAUCUUACACAAGUACCGAUGUAUCCAUUCAUACACAAGGAAGCGGAUCUGAUGUGAUAAUAAUCCACGAGUCAGAAAAGUAACCACGACGAGCAGAUGCUAUUUUCAAAGCAAUCGACAAGUUUUGUGUGUAGCACCGGCUACAAGGACAUGUUUGACGUUCCCGAAGACGAUGACAAUUCGCUGCUGCGUCGCACCACGCCAGUACAUCACGCGGCCAGAGGCGGAACAUUGGUAUCCAUGCGCAAAGUCGAACGUCUCUUUUGCGUAUACGACAGAUUCGACGUGAACUACGUCGACGAGUUGGGUCUCACUCAUUUUCAUGCCGCCUGUUUGUCCGGGGAUUGCCUGCACGUCGUUCGAAAAUUCCUCGAGCGUGGCCGGGUCGAUCCCAAUCUCGUUUGGCCGGAAACGGGUGAUUCACCGCUGCACUUGGUCAUACGCCACGGUCGGCAUCAUGCGAUGGCCGUCGAGUUGCUGCUGAGGCACGGGGCAGAUCCGAAUUUACCCAACGACGAGGGACAUACGCCUUUGCACGUAAUUUGCCAGAACGACGAAAGAUAUGAUUCUCAACGGUAUUUGUAUCACGGCGAAACGGAGAAGUUUUUCCAGGUCACUGACGAAUUGAAUCUGCAGCUGCAAGUCGACGCCCGUGACAAGUUGGGUAGGACACCGCUGCAAUUCGCCGUGGCGAAUCUCUUGCCGCACACAGUCGAGACUUUGCUCGAUCGUGGAGCUGAUCUGUCCAGCUUCGUACUUCUGCCUGAGUACGAAUUCACCGCGAGAUUCGACCCAAAUAAAGAUAAUUCGAAUUAUUUUAAAUUGAGCAUAGCAUCUGGUGCACUGGCCGUCCUCGAGAGUCUCGAAAAAAGAGGAUACGAAGUGAAAGAUUUCGCCCUGAUAAUCAUGAAAAUUUUCAGUAGACUUAGGUUGUUCAAGAAAUCGACGUACGUUCAUACUCGUUGGUACGACGACGAAGAGUUUGCGAGCCAAGCGGAACAGAUUCAGAUUUUGCCAAGGAUCUUAAUAAGCGACUACUUCAAUGGGGAUAUUUUGGAAUUCGGGAGAGCAAUGAAUGAGACAGAGAUGACUCCGAGUCUGUCGCUCAACGACCUGAUACGGCUGAGACCCGAAGAGGCGGAAAAAAUACUCACCCAUUGGGACUACUAUGACCUUGAUCGUACGUCUACACUAUUGGGGGUAGAUCUUGGACAUGAUUGGAAACGUACUGUUAUGCUGCAACUAUGCUACGAUAGAGUAUCGAGAGGAUUCUGCCGGCGAUGGGCCCUGGAAUAUUUCUUCGAGCUCAUACAUUAUCGGCUGCCUAUCCUCUGCUGCGAAAAAAUCAUCGAUCAACUAAUGAACGAAGAUCUGUGUAAUAUUUGUUUCGCGGCAACAGGUCAAGAUCCUUAUUGAUGACUUAUUUUUAUUUUUGCGACCAUCACUCGAGAUAAUGAAAGUAGUUUAAACUGUACUAAACAUAGCUGCAGCUCAAAAAAUUCAUAAAUUAAAAACUUGAGCUUUGACAUAAUACAUAUUAGUAUAGAAUAAGUUGUAAAUAUGUUUUGUUGGUAUAUUGUUUUAUCAGCUUUUCAGAGUUGCUUUGUUUUAUAAUAAGCGUUGACAAUUUGAAUGAAUACAUUUAUUGAAUUCCUUUGUUUUUGGACGAAAAA